CGCCGCCGCCCGAGCCCCACGAGCCGCCCUCCACGCCGCCUGACCCCACCGGCGCGCCCUCCCGCCGCCAGUCCCGGCAGCGCCCCCAGUUGUCCUCGGACUCGCCCUCGGCCUUCCGCGCCAGCCGCAGCGGCAGCCGCAACGCCACCCGCAGCCCCAGCGCCAGCUCCUGCGGCGGCGCCUCCAGGCACGGUCCCCGCGCCGACACCCUGGAGGUGGGGAUGCUCCUGUCCAAAAUCAACUCGCUGGCCCACCUGCGCGCCGCGCCCUGCAGCGACCUGCACGCCACCAAGCUGGCGCCCGGCAAAGAGAAGGAGCCCCUGGAGUCGCAGUACCAGGUGGGCCCGCUGCUGGGCAGCGGCGGCUUCGGCUCGGUGUACUCGGGCAUCCGCGUCGCCGACAACUUGCCGGUGGCCAUCAAACACGUGGAGAAGGACCGGAUUUCCGACUGGGGCGAGCUGCCCAACGGCACCCGCGUGCCCAUGGAGGUGGUCUUGCUGAAGAAGGUGAGCUCGGGCUUCCGGGGCGUGAUCCGGCUGCUGGACUGGUUCGAGAGGCCCGACAGCUUCGUGCUCAUCCUGGAGCGGCCCGAGCCGGUGCAGGACCUCUUCGACUUCAUCACGGAGCGGGGGGCCCUGCAGGAGGAGCUGGCGCGCAGCUUCUUCCGGCAGGUGCUGGAGGCCGUGCGGCACUGCCACAGCUGCGGGGUGCUGCACCGCGACAUCAAGGACGAGAACAUCCUCAUCGACCUCAGCCGCGGCGAGCUCAAGCUCAUCGACUUCGGCUCGGGCGCGCUGCUCAAGGACACGGUCUACACCGACUUCGACGGGACCCGGGUGUAUAGCCCUCCCGAGUGGAUCCGCUACCAUCGCUACCACGGCCGGUCGGCGGCCGUCUGGUCCCUGGGGAUCCUGCUCUACGACAUGGUGUGCGGGGAUAUUCCUUUCGAACACGACGAGGAGAUCAUCAGGGGCCAGGUCUUCUUCAGGCAGAGGGUCUCCUCAGAAUGUCAGCAUCUCAUCAGAUGGUGCUUGGCCCUGCGACCAUCGGAUCGGCCAUCCUUCGAAGAAAUCCAGAACCACCCAUGGAUGCAGGACGUCCUCCUGCCCCAGGAGACCGCUGAGAUCCACCUCCACAGCCUGUCGCCGGGGCCCAGCAAAUAGCAGCCUUCCCGGCCGGCCCGGCCCUGCCCUCCCCGGCAGAUGGCUGCGGGAGCGGAAGCGGCUGUCUGCAGCUUCCCGACGACCAGUGACAGUUCUCGCCAAGCUGGACAGUGCUUGGCACAGGAACAACAUUGACAACUCAUUCCAGACCCCAGGCCCCUGGAGGCUGCCUCCCACCAUGGGGGGUGGGGGGGAACUGUACUCCAGGUGCCCUAGGCCUCGGUUCCUCCCGUAGAUGCUCUCUCCUUCUCAUAGGUGUCCGGCACCGCUGGGCUCGCGAAAACCCGGGGGUGGGGGGUGGGGGGUCGGAACCCUGCCGUGGAACUGUUCCCUUCAUCACGAGUUCUGCUGAAUGCCGCCAUGGGUCAUAGUGGGGAAACAGGUUGGGAUGGGAUAGGACUAGCACCAUUUUAAGUCCCUGUCACCUCUUCCGACUCUUCUGAGUGCCUUCUGUGGGGACUCCGGCUGUGCUGGGAGAAAUACUUGAACUUGCCUCUUUUACCUGCUGCUUCUCCAAAAAAAUCUGCCCGGGUUUGGUUCCCUACGUGUCUCCCCUCCUCCCCCUCCCCCCCUUCCUACGAAAGGUGCCAUGGAAGAGGCUACAGGGCCAAACGCUGGGCCACCUGCCCUUUCUCUGCCUCCUUGAGUAAAACUGAGCGAACUGGUCUUCCUUUUUGGUUUUUACUUAAAACUGUUUCAAAGCCCAGACCUCACACACACAAAAUGCACAAACAAUGCAAAUCGCCAGAAGAAAAGCUGUAAAUGUGUGUACAGUUGGCAUGGUAGUAUACAAAAGCAUUGUAGUGGAUCUAAUUUUUUAAAAACUUCGCCUUUAAGUUAUUUUUCCUGGUUUUUUUUUUUCCUUUUUUUCUUUUUUCUUUUUCUUUUUUUUUUUUUUUGGGAAGAUGUACGUUCUAACCUGGAGGUCGAUGUUAUGUAUUUAUUUAUUUAUUUAUUUGGUUCCCUUCCCACUCCAAGCUCCCACAGCUGCUGCCCUGGUCUUCUCUCCUCCUCUCCUCCUCUGACUUGGACCUUCCGGGAGGGCAGUGACGCUCUGUUUGUGGGUGACGGGACUCAGGCGGGACAGCUGCUGCCGCUCCCUGGCUUCCGUGGGGCCCUGCUCCUGCACACCCAAGCGGGUCCGGGCCCCGGGCGAGGCAGGGAGGGCCUUGCUGACUUGUGUAUAUAGGCUAGGUGAUGGAAAUCGAUUCUGGAUGGUGUGCCUUCCGGAUCCUCUCUGGGGCUGUGUGAGCAGCGUGUAGCCUGCUGGUUUUAUCUGAGUGAAGUACUGUACAGGGGAAUAAAAGAGAUCUUAUUUUUUUUUUUUAUAC